CUCGUUAGCUAGCUUAGCCCGGCCGAGGGAGAGAAGCAGAAGCAGUAGAGGCGACCUUUUUUUUCUGUUCUCUGAUCGAGCUCUGAAGACCGGGGAUGGCGUCCUGGGCGGCUCUCCUGGCGCUGCUGCUCUCGGCGUUCUCGGCGGCGGCGCAGCUGGACGAGAGGUUCUACGGCCAGUCGUGCCCCAGCGUGGAGGACGUCGUGCGGAAGGAGAUGGUGCGCGCGCUCUCCGUCGCGCCCAGCCUCGCCGGGCCGCUCCUCAGGAUGCACUUCCACGACUGCUUCGUCAGGGGGUGCGACGGCUCGGUGCUCCUCGACUCCACGGCGAACAACACCGCGGAGAAGGACGCGAAGCCGAACCUGACGCUGCGCGGCUUCGGCUUCAUCGAGAGGGUCAAGGCCGCGGUGGAGAAGGCGUGCCCUGACACCGUCUCCUGCGCCGACGUGCUGGCUCUCAUGGCCAGGGACGCAGUGUGGCUGAGCAAGGGCCCGUUCUGGGCGGUCCCACUGGGGCGGCGGGACGGCAGGGUGUCCAUCUCCAACGAGACCGACCAGCUGCCGCCGCCCACGGGCAACUUCACGGAGCUGGCCCAGCUGUUCGGCGCCAAGGGCCUGGACACCAGGGACCUGGCGGUGCUGUCGGCCGGCCACACCAUCGGCACGUCGCACUGCUUCUCCUUCUCGGACCGCCUCUACAACUUCACGGGCCUGGACGACGCCCGCGACACCGACCCGGAGCUGGACCGCGCGUACAUGGCGCGCCUCCGCGCCAAGUGCGCCAGCCUGGACGACAACACCACCCUGGUGGAGAUGGACCCCGGCAGCUUCCGCACCUUCGACCUGGGCUACUACGCCAACGUGGCCAAGCGCAGGGGCCUCUUCCACUCCGACGCCCAGCUGCUCGCCGACCCUUCCACCCGCGCCUACGUGCUCCGCCACGCCACGGGCGCCCACAGGGACGAGUUCUUCGCCGACUUCGCCGCGUCCAUGGUCAAGAUGGGCUCCGUCGGCGUGCUCACCGGCGGCCAGGGCGAGGUCAGGAAGAAGUGCAACGUCGUCAACUAACUUAUUAUAUGGCCUCCUGAGGAGUCAUGUCUUUCUCUUCUUCAUUUUUUCGUUCACUGCAUUAUUGAUUGAUUGAUUUUUUUUUUGUUCCUCUGUCGCCAUGUAUGUAAUGUAAAUCUCUGCCCCUCAUCUUCAGUUGUCCAUCAGGAUCUCAUGAUAAUGCAUGCAAUAAAACAUUUUUGAUUUAGUCUGUC